AGGACUCGGACGGGAGGCUGGCCUCGGCUCGGUGCCAGCGCUCCCCCGCCCGCCACCCCCGCUUCUGGGCGGCAGGGGGCACUCGGAGCCGCGUGGCUCGGACAGCUCCCGGGCUUCCCUCCUCCUUAUCCUCCUCCUUGUCCUCCUCGUCCUAGUCCUCUUCCUUCUCCUCCUCUCCCUCCCCCGCCCCCUCCUCCUCCUCCUCCUCCUCCUCCACCUCCCUCCAGUCUGGGGGCGGGUUGGGGGCGGAGGAGGGGGCGGAGGGGGCGGAGGGGAAGGGUGGUGAGGGGCCCAGCGGCUUUCCCAUCCCCUGGGAUCGCUGCCUUUAAAAGCUUCGGGGGAGCGCGGACUGGGGUCAUCCGCUCUUGCGUGCAGCCCGGCGCCAAGGGGACUCUGAACUCCGGACCCAGGACUCCCGGCUCCCCAGCUCCUCAAGUUGCACGAGGUCGGCUUCCAACUCCGGCAAGAACAGGAUUGGCACAUCGGUGACCAUCUGACCAGUCGCAUCUCCAGGGUCUCCAGGCAGGUGGGUGAGCAGUUCCACUGGACCUACCAUGCUUCUCCUCCUCUUGAGUUUGAUGGCGGGAGCCUGCCUCUCCUCCCUCGUACCAGAGCAUGAGAAGAACCCUCAGUACUGGAGGGACCAGGCGCAGCAGACCCUCCAGCAGGCCCUCAAGCUCCAGGAGCUCAACACCAACGUAGCCAAGAAUGUGAUCUUGUUCCUGGGCGAUGGAAUGGGGGUGUCCACCGUGACCGCUGCCCGGAUCCUCAAAGGCCAGCUGCACCACAGGCCCGGAGAGGACUUCCAGCUCGAAAUGGACAAGUUUCCUUUUGUUGCCCUGUCCAAGACGUACAACACCAAUGCCCAGGUCCCUGACAGUGCUGGCACGGCCACCGCCUACCUCUGUGGAGUGAAGAGCAACGAGGGCACCCUUGGCGUGAGCGCCGCCGUCACCCGAUCACAGUGCAACACCACGAAGGGCAACGAGGUCACCUCCAUCUUACACUGGGCCAAGGAUGCUGGCAAAUCUGUGGGCAUCGUGACCACCACCCGAGUGAACCACGCCACGCCAAGUGCCGCCUACGCCCACUCGGCCGACAGGGACUGGUAUUCGGACAACGAGAUGCCCCCUGAGGCCCUGACCCAGGGCUGCAAGGACAUCGCCUACCAGCUCAUCCACAACGUCCCAGAUAUUGAGGUCAUCAUGGGUGGAGGCCGGAAAUACAUGUUCCCCAAGAAUACAACCGAUGUGGAGUAUAAAGAUGAUGAGAAGGCAAGAGGGACAAGACUGGAUGGGCAGUUUCUCACCAAUGUCUGGAAGGACAAGAAGCCUCGAAACAAGAAUGCUCACUAUGUCUGGAACCGCAUGCAGCUGCUAGAACUGGAUUUGGACCGUGUGGAUUUCCUUCUAGGACUUUUUGAACCAAUGGAUCUGGCCUAUGAGCUCAACAGAAACAACCAGACAGACCCAUCACUGACUGAGAUGGUGGAGGUGGCCAUUAAGAUCCUGAAAAAGAACCCUAAGGGUUUUUUCCUGCUGGUAGAAGGAGGCAGAAUUGACCAUGGCCACCAUGAAGGAAAGGCCAAGCAAGCUUUGCAUGAGGCGGUGGAGAUGGACCGGGCCAUCGGGCUCGCUGGCAGCCUGACUUCCCUGAAGGACACCCUGACUGUGGUUACGGCUGACCACUCCCACGUCUUCACCUUUGGUGGCUACACCCACCGGGGGAACUCCAUCUUCGGGCUCGCCCCCAUGUUGAGUGACACUGAUAAGAAACCCUUCACCUCUAUCCUGUACGGUAAUGGCCCCGGCUACAAGGUGGUGGCUGGUGAGCGGGAGAACGUCUCCACUGUGGAUUAUGCUCACGUAAACUACCAGGCGCAGUCAGCGGUGCCCCUGCGCUCUGAAACUCACGGGGGCGAGGACGUGGCCGUGUUUGCCAAGGGCCCCAUGGCUCACCUCCUGCACGGCGUCCACGAACAGAACUACAUCCCGCACGUCAUGGCCUACGCGUCCUGCAUCGGGGCCAACAAGGACCACUGCAAAUCCUCCUCAUCAGCCGGGCUGGCCCCACAACCGGCGCUGUUCUCAGGCCUUCUCACCAUCUUGCUUCUGCUCAGCCUCUUAUUCUAAGAGCAGCCUUAUCCAGGCCCAGGACAGCCAGCUCGCGCCACCCACAGCUGGGGCCCCAGAUUCCCUUUCUGACGUUGCCCUCGAUGCCUGGAGCCUCCAUCCCCAUCAUCAGCCUUGCUCCCGGAGCGCCUCGGGGCAAACGUCCCUUGUCAACAUGGGGCAGAGCAGUCCCAGGUGGCAGCGGCUGAAGUCCACGUACCCACUGCUGCCCAUGGCUGGAAGCUGCUGGGCCCCAACAUCCAACACCUAGAAGGAACUUGGGGGACCCCACAAAACCAAAGUCUGAGCUCGCUCAACCCGCCUCCCUCUGGGACAUGAACUUUGAAGUGGCAGAAUUCUGAGAUGGAGCAGGGAGCUCUGCAGGCUUGUUCUUCUGUCACCCGGUCACAAGGCCGUGUCCGGGCACUCUGGCCCCCACUUCCCUACAGCUGCCCCAGAGGAAAAGAACAGGACACCCACCACCCACUCUGACACAUGGGCCUCUCUCCCAUCGUCCCCUGCGGAAAGCACAGGAGGGAGCUGAUGGCUUCUCCCUCAACCUUGCCCUGGGGAGUCGCUUUGUCCACUCCUCUUACCCCCAAUUUUAGCCCAUGAGAUGCUAGCUCUCCCCAGGAAGAUGGGUGGGAGAAUAGGUGCCAGGACUCGCUGAUCCUCCAGCUUAGUGCUAGGUGUAGGGGACACCCAUGGUUCUCAUCCUUCCUGCAGACUCCCAGGCCAGGCUCACAGCCUGCAUCUGUGUCCUCUCGUCCUUAUACCCUAUCUCCACCUCCCGGAAUAGAGGGGCUGAGAGGAUGGGAUCCAGCUCCCUGCAGCCUCCAUCACUGUUCAUCCCUGAGGGGCAGCGAGCUAGAAAGAAAAAGGGUGAGGGUCAGUACCUGAGGGCCCCAACUUGGGUCAGUCCUGGGGUGGAACAGAUUCCUCUCUUCUCUUUAACCUCCUCCCCCAUCUAGUCCCCAGCAAUGGAUCCAGCCUUCACCCUAAAGAAAAGGGGGGCGGAUCAGUAUGACUUGAGAGGGAAGGAGGUGGGACACUAAAAUGGGGGGGUGAACAGGGAUGGGGCAGGGCUUUUGGGACAGCCACCUCUCUUCCUCCUUGUUGCUGUUUUUGCCAUUUUUAUUCUCCCACAAAAUCCUGUUAAUAAAAAAAUUUUCCAAAA